GUCACACGCCAACGGGCUUGUCAGGCAGCUAGCGUCUGGUGUCAAGGUUGUCUUUCGGACUCCCACAACACCGCAGCUUGCCUGCGCCGCUCGGGAAACGUGAAGGUCAGCACGCCUAACAGCUGCCGCGUCCAGACACAAGUAGCCACUGUCAACACCUCAGCCCAGCUCCACUACAACCAGCCACCGCCGGGAGCCUCGGGCUGGACAUGGCAGCCUCAGUAGCAGUAACAUUGAUGACCACCCAACCGGAAAAGCUGCCAACUGGAAUAAAGGGACCAAUCAUUAUUGAUGGACAACCUAUGGGAGCUUUGUUGCUGGGACGAUCAUCGGCCACCAUGAUGGGAUUAUUUGUUAUAACUGGGGAUCCUUGUGGGUACCUGCCAAAUGGAUCCGAGCAGCUGUGUUAGAUGGAGCCGGACCUCAGUCAACUGAGCAAGGAAGACCGCUGGCGAGGGGAGACGAAGCUGUUGAUCACCCUUCAACCAAUACUUCUUAAGCUGAAAGGACAGUGUAGCUUUGCCGUUGACUGAGCAAUUGACCAGUGCAAAUCUCUAGAUAAUAUACUAAGCCUGCUUCUGGUGCUUUCUACUUUUUUUAGAGGGCCUGAGGAUUUAGCUUGUAUUAAGUGUCAUAAUAGACAGUGUGCUGCAUGGAUAUUGCUUUUUUGCGAGGGUUGUCAGCAAACUAAGUGGGUGCAUCAGUCCCAAUUACCUGAGCUGUGGUGCAGAAGCUGUGCAUUUUAUUGGCAGCGGAAUUCCUGGCAGACAGAACUCCAGGCCUUUACAGGGUUACCUGGCCGCCAAGGGUUACAGUUGUACGAAUCCUCGGAACAAAAAAUUCUUGCAUGGUUCGGUGGGAAACCCAACACUCAGUCAAAUGCACUUCAGGGCAAUCUCAAUCGCUUAUCUUACAGUCUAAGUGUGGGUGGGGUAUUCCCCUUUCACAGUUAGAUGUAAUAGGUCUGAUUCUGGGGAAUCAAGAUCCCAACCAAGCGUGGGACGAUUGCCUAAGAGGCCUAAAAAGAUUAAAUCUGGGCAGAUCAGGGAAGAAAAAGGGAAAAGGAAAGAAGAGAUAUUCUUAAUAGUUUGUGAUAAACACGUUAAUUUCCCAAAUGUCUGGGUGGUUCAAAGCAGCACCCGGGAAGAUCAGGGCGAUGUGGCAGACUUAUACUGCUGCUUUACUAAUCUUUGCCCUCUUAAUGGACAGCCCAGACAUUGCCGGAGGAGUGGGAACCCAUCAAGCAUGGGCCCCACCUCAGCCAAAGACUGAUAUUUGGGUCACCAUGGCAAAUUUGACUAACCAGGAGGCUAUUUGCCUGUCAUUAUCUUCUCCCGGUAAUCCAUUUACAACCUGUUUGGUUGGGGUACCAGCGGAUCCCUGGCCAUGCCCGUCAAGAAUAGCCACCUGCAGGACCAGUGACGCUAGGUUCAGUAUAGAUAACUGGGACCAGUGGAUUUCUCAUUUUCCCACAGCACCACAGGAACCCCAAGAAUUGGAGCUGUUAGGCUCAGUGAUGGCAGAUGCAUGCCUUAAAUUUAGCCAUAAAAGUCAGCUGCCAGCCAAGAACCAUUCUACUAUUGUAACUUCCAGCAUGGCUGUCUACCGUAAUGCAACAGCCUGGUGCAAUUAUACCACAAAUAAGGCGUCAAUUUCAUCAAAUGACCCUAUUCAAUUACCAGCAGGUUACUUUUUAAUAUGCAGGGACCGUGCUUGGCCCGGUGUCCCAUCGGUGCUGAGCGGGGGGCCCUGUACAAUUGGACGGUUGUCUCUACUCACACCCAAUACGUCCAUGAUCUUAAAUAUGAGCCGCCACCAUCACCGGAAUAAAAGAAUGGCUCAUGCAUUUACUGCUGAUUGUAAAGACGAUGUAAAAUUUUGGUCUCCAGGGUCCAUAGUGGCAGCAUCCUUUUUGACUCCAGGAGUAUCGGCAGCAGGUGCCCAUGCCAUUUUAAAUAAGUUUGAAUGUUGGCUUGCUAAACAAACCAAUGCCACCUCUUUGUCACUUUCUAGCCUUUUGCUUGAUGUUGAUUCUAUUCGCCAUGCAACGCUUCAAAAUAGGGCUGCAAUUGACUUCCUUUUACUUGCACAAGGCCGUGGCUGUGAAGCAUUCGAGGGUAUGUGUUGCAUGAACCUCUCUGAUCAUUCGCAGUCCAUCCACUCCCAGCUCUCUGAAUUGCGAAGACUAACUGGAAACUUACAGGUAGAAUCAGGCUUCGGUAUUGAUGGAUGGCUCAAAUCUUUAGGCCUGGGAUCGUGGUUACGCUCUAUUGUUAAGGUUAGCAUUAUCGUAGGCAUUAUAGCUUUGUUAGUAGUGUUAAUUUUGCCUUGUUUUUGCAUAUGCUUACAGAACAUGAUAUCUGCUGCAUUUAAUCAGAGCAUGAUUGUUCAACAGAAAAACGGGGGAAGAGGGGAGGAUUUUGUGAACAGCCGGCUAGCUGAGAAAGGUCACGGCGGCAUAAUACCGUUGGUUAAACAAGAAGGAGAUAAGCAUGGGAACUAGCAAUUAGUGUAAGGCAGGGAUGUUGUGCCCUUGGUACAAUAGCAGGAUAAGGAGGGUGAUCUUAGGUUAGAAAUAUGGAGAAACACAGAAAAGCUGUAACAGUAUACCCACAAGAAUGUAAAACUAGGUGCAGCUGGCUGAUAAGCAACUAACCAAUAAUGAGCUCGCUUUUUGCAAUAUGUAUUAGUCUCAUUAACACCAAUAUAAAUAUGUGUGGCUAUCAAUAAAGUUUGGGAUUUGCUGAUCA